CAGACUGAAGGCCAAGCUGUCUGUGGUGUGCUGAGACGGUCAGUUAUGGCGUCUUUACCUGUCCGCGUGACUCUGCUCCUUUUGCUGCUGUCGUCUUCGUCUCUGUCUCUUCGUUUGGACCGUUUCUCCAAGCAGGGUCCUGCGGGGCGUCACCAGGCGGCCUCCAAACACGACCACGAACAGCUUCCCGCGGACCAGCGGCGGCCUCUCAACACGGUCAGUGUGACCUGCCACCCGGACUCCCUGGAGAUCCUGAUCCGAGCUGACCUGUUCGACGUGGGGGCGCCCGUCGAUAGCUUUGAGCUGCGUCUUGGGGUGGAUCACGAUCAAGACUUCUGUAGGGCCACGCCAUCCGCUGAGGACCAGUACAGGAUUCUUGUCAGGUUGCUGGACUGUGGCACAAAAUACUGGAUGACCGAGGAGUCUCUGGUCUACACCAACCUGCUCAUCUACACUCCUGCACCUUCACCUGAUGGUCUGAUCCGAAUGGACGAGGCCGUCAUUCCAAUCGAGUGUCACUACAAAAGGCGCUACAGUCUAGCCAGUUCUUCCCUUUCUCCCGCAUGGGUCCCCUUCAAGUCCACGCAAGCUGCAGUAGAAACUCUGGACUUUAACCUCAGAAUUACGUCAAAUGACUGGCUGUCCGAGAGGAGCUCAAACGUCUACUUCCUGGGCGAGUCCAUCUUCAUGGAGGCCUCUGUGCGAGUGGGGCACCACAUGGGGCUCCGCGUGUUCCUGAGCAGCUGCGUGGCCACUCUGCAGCCCGACAUCCACUCCAUGCCGCGCUAUGUCUUCAUCGAACACGGGUGCCUGCUGGAUUCCAAGCUUCCGGGUUCCAAGUCUCAUUUCGUAGUCCGCACACAAGACGACAAGCUCCAGUUGGUCAUUGACGCUUUCAGGUUCCACAAUGAAGACCGAGGAGAGCUUUACAUCACAUGCCACCUGAACGCGGUGCCUGUCACCGACGCAGAGGUGCCCAACAAAGCCUGCACUUUCGUCAACGGGAGGUGGAGGUCAGCUGAUGGCAACGACUACUUAUGUGGGUAUUGUCAAAGCGACGUCGGACAAAUGCUCAAUAAGCCCGCCAAGUUCGGUCCUCGGGGUUUCAGCAAGAUUGACGCGUCUGAACCGCAGUGGAGGAGCAGACUUCCUGCUAACGUUUGGGAAGAGGAGGCGCGAGUGGGUCCGAUGUUGGUGCUGCCGGCCAAGCAGAAGAGUUGGAUGGUUCCUGAGGAAGUGUCUCCAGUCCUCCAGACGCUCGGCAGACCUGCGCAUUAUGGCAGCCAGUGGAAGAGCGGCCUCAGCUACAAACAGGACCUGGAGAAGGGUCUGGUCACCUCAAACCAGGAUGAAGAGCUGACGUCUGACAAUGAAGAUGACAUCCCUCUUGAGGAAUUCUCAAACUAUCUGGAAGAUGAUGAGGAAGAUGAAAGCGGACCUCCUGAACACACCGUGAUCCUUCCUGAGGGUGGACAGGAAGACAACUCCACGUCGGACGUAGUAGACCUGUGGCCUGUCGCUCAGUCUGAGACAGACGUGACCCUCUUGUCCAAUUCAACUGACUCCCAAAUGGACCAAGCUGCUAUGAGCGACCCAAAGAAAUAAUAAAAACUAAUCUAAUCAAA